AUGGCAUUCUGCAAAAAUAAUGACAUUAAGUCAUACAUCGAACAAUGUUUUGAUGUGUUAAUGGGAUAUAAUACUAAUCUACCGAAUUUCUAUAUACGUGUUGAUGUUGCACACGUCAUGAAAAUGUUCUGUCGAAAUAAGAAUUUUCAAGGAAGUAAAAACUGGACACUUAAACAGUUUUACGUUAGAAGUAUGCGACUUCUUAUAACAUCAAUACGCAUAGAGGACUUUAAACAAACAUUAACUAAUCUAUUGAAUAUUAUGUUGAGUGAAACAGAUGGCUGGACAGAGGAUAAAGUAGAAACUCCCUCAGAAACGAUUAGACAGUACUUAUUAAACCAAAUAAAAGGCGUUGAAGUAACAGAAAACUCAAAUGAAGAAGCAGAUGAGCAGUACAAUAAUUUGGAAAACAAUUAUAGCGAUACCAAUGAUGUUACAACAAGCCAUAUAACUAGAGACCGGAAUUUUAUGCAUUUACAUGUUUAUACUGAGUGUAUGCACUUAUACGAGGGUUUGAAAUGUCAGCAAAUCAGACCUAACUGA